AUGGCCCGGGCUAGUGCUUACGUUCGUGAUACAUCCGAUGGACUCGUUCAAAAUACUCUUGAACUCCUUCAAGACACCUACGGCGAGGUGCAAAGCCUGGCAGUCAACGCUGUUUCAGCCUCAUUCCCGGUAGUGGUGGAAUCGCAGAGCAUCUCAAUUGUGGAUAGAGCGAUUGCUGGAAUGUAUCGUUCUGGCAACGAGCGUUGUAACAGUGUGUCGAAUCACUGGUCAAUGCAACUCCCCCAGACAACGUCAAACUCCUAUCCGUUCUUGCCACCCACUCGAUUCCUUCUCUGGUUGAAGCGAUCUGUGACGAUGGCUGUUUCAUUUAGGUUGAAUGCUGUAGAAUCCUCGUUCGGUGAACAUCUUGUACCUUCCUACCCCAACAUUCCAAAGUGCAUGCUGCGAGCCUUGAAUAGUUCGCAACUGGCUCUGCACAAACGAACUGCUCAAAUGGUCACAAACUUCAUUUCCUUUGAAGACACUUACACCGCUCUACUUGACUUUGUGUCAGACCCAUUUGAGAAGGUGAUGUGUCAAACAGAUGUUGGAGUACGAUUGGAUGUGUCAAGACCCCCAGAGCAACAGGAGGCACUGACUACAUCGUACUGUAAAGUUGCACUUCAGUGUCUCGUUGUGUUGGCUCUGGAUUCGUUGGACCCCACCAACUAUGUCUUCGGUCAAGUCCUCCUCCCUCCCAGUUGUGACGUCGAACAAACAAACAGCUUUUCAGCGCCACAGCCAGGCCGACGCUUUCGAAAUCUUUCAUGA